AUGACGGAAUUCAUCUCUGUUGCCUUUGUUCAACAUAAUUUUGUUGCUGAAAGACCAGAUGAAGUUGAUGCAAAGAGGGGUGAACCUAUCAUUGGUAUCUCUCGAUCCAAUCAUCAAUGGUCUGAGCUAAACCAAUUGGUUGUCUUCGUGGUCUUGGGUUCAUCUUUAUCGAUUUAA